CCGGGGGUGGGGGGGGGCGGUGCCAUCGCCACGUCGGUGGAGGGUGCCCGGGAAGAUGGCGGCCGCCGGCGAGAGGGGCGUCCCGGCGGGCCGCGCUCUCUGCCUCUUGCUGCUCUGCGGAUGGGCCCUGGCGAUCCGCGGCCAGGACGACUCCGAUUCUGUGAAAGUGGAGAUGCUUCAGAAGAAUAUUUCUUCUAAAAGUGAGAAUGAAACGCUAAGUAGAUCCCAAAAUUUGACAGACAGCUUGCAGAGUAUAACCCCGACAAAAAAAGAGGCAAGCCCAACAAAAAAAGAGGCGUUCCCAACAACAGCUAAAAUCAAUUCGGUGACUGCAGUAAAACCAUCUACAGCAAAAGGUGAUUCUCCGCCAUAUGUUCUCUCUCGUGCGGUGACUGCUAGUCCAGUAUCUCAAAUGGAUGUUGAUGCUUCUGAAGAUACUAAAAUUGAGGAAGAGGAUCUUCUAACAGAUUUGAAAGACACACUAAAUAGUUCACCACCCAUCAUAAAAGAAACUAUGGAAUCAGAUGGAGGAGAUGACUAUGGUCCUUAUGAAGUGACAUCGAAUUCCAGAUACAACCCAGACCUCCUAGAGAUACCAGAAGAUGAUGACUCUGACACCAUUAGUAAUUACAAUGAGGAGAUCAAGACCCUUGAUGAGAAGAUAAAAGAUGUUUCUGUCACGGGGUUGGAAGAAGAAGAAGACAGCCAUUUCUUUUUUCAUCUGGUUGUAGUUGCCUUCUUAGUAGCUGUUGUAUAUGUCACCUAUCACAAUAAGAGGAAGAUCUUCUUAUUGGUCCAGAGCCGAAGAUGGAGGGAUGGCCUGUGUUCUAGGACAGUGGAAUAUCAUCGUUUAGAUCAAAAUGUUAAUGAAGCGAUGCCUUCCCUGAAAAUAACUAAUGACUAUGUAUUUUGAAAGCACUGUGAUUUGCGUUUGUUGAACUUAUCACUCUUUGCCUGCGUAGUCUUGUAAUGAUAUUCAGGUAUUUGAAAUACGCUGCUUGUACUGAAAUGAGAUGUAUUCUCUUUGACCUGGAUGUUUUUGAGAUUAAAUCUCAUGGAAGAUCAAGGGCAUGAUACAUCUGUUUGCUACUUUGGUCAGGUUUUAUAUCAACUAUAAAGAUACAGAGUUUAAUAAUUAGUGCUCUUUCCAUUCAUUAAGCAUCAUCCCUUCUGUCUGGAGCAGUCUUAAUAGUGGUAAUACAAAAAAUAAGCAUAAAAUAUUUUAGGUCUAAUAAAUUAAUGACUUUGGCAUCACUAAAUCAAAUUAACGAUCUCUUUGCUAAUCACUUUUAUGGCUCAUAAAUCCCACUAUAUUGCAAACUUAAAAUAUAAUUACUUUUUUCUAUGCUUAAAUCCUGAUGCUGCAAAUCUUUCAUCUUGGGUUUUUUCUUUUUUUUUUUUUUUUUUUUUUUUUGUUCUGUUUUCUUGUUGCAUAAUUUGAUCCUAUUUUAGGCAGAAUAGCUAGCAUGGCAACUUCAUAAUUUCUGUAUGGGUUCAUGCAGUAAGUAAUUUAAAAAUAAUUACGUAUAGCCCAUUUUAUUUCAGAAGUUAUAUACCAUAUAUUUCCUUAAAAUGUUCAAGAUCUUUGUGAAGGUAUGCAGCUUCUUGACUGUCCAUUUUUUUUCUCUAAUGGUAUUUAUGACUAUUUCAUUAUCUUUGUAAUUAAUGAAUGGAAAAUAAGCCUUGUUGAAUAAUCUUACUGAAAUAUAGAUAGUUGAGAGGUUUUCAAUACAUCAAAGCUUUCUGUUGACUUUUAAGACAGUUGGGAAAUAGUUAUGUGGUUUAUUAUACUAUAAAUGGGAGAGGCCUGAAAAUGUAAGAAUAAUUUAUUUUGUUGUUAUUCUGACCCAGGUAACAGGCAGAUGAAAGUAAUGGUGUGUGGGGCUGCCAGUCUGUGGACAGUGCACUCUAAUUUUUGACAAACAUUUAUGCAUUAGUGUAAAUCAAGUUACUGGUACAGUAGUUUUUUUUUUAUUACCUUGUCUUUUGUACUUCCAUUAUUUAUGUUCUCAUGAGUUGUAAAAUAUAAAAUCUUAGUUUUCUGUACAUUCUGUUUGUGAUUUAGUUUUCAAACUGAUAAAUAUGUAAAUAACGGUGGAUCAGAACCCCAUAAUUAAUGACUUGGUAUUCAAGUAGUUACGUAACAUUUUGAAAAAAUCAACUUUACAGCUGUUGGCAUGAGGAGUCUGAAGGCAUGAUACUAUCUUACAAAUGAAGUGCUAAAAGUUCUAAAUCCUACUGUUAAAUGCAUUCUUUUCAUAACCACAAGAAGUAAAGCACAAACGAAAUAUCCCAAAACUCUUUUCUUGCAGUAAUUUUUAUCAUAUUUGGACUUGUAUCACUUAAUAUUUUGAAUAAGGUUUUUAAAAUAAAUGACAAUAAUAA